AUGAGGCUCUGUGGACCCCUGAUGCUGACCCUGCUCUGCAGCCUGGCCUGGGCUGGGAAAAUGGAGUCGUGUGCAUCUCGCUGCAGUGAGAAAUUUAACCAGGAUGCUCCCUGCCAGUGUGACCCCCGGUGUCCCCGGCAUGGCGACUGCUGUGAAGACUUCGAGAGUCUGUGUAUUGCAGAUCUCAAAACGCCAGCACCGUCCCCAGACUUGGAGGAAGCGUCGGAGGGGGCCCGGGCGAGCAACCUGUACACGGCGCCCACUUCCUGCCGGGACCGCUGCCACGAGGCCUUCGACAGGCACCAUGCGUGCCACUGCAACGCCCGCUGCCACGAGUUUGGGGACUGCUGUGAGGAUUUUGAGAGCCUGUGUGGCCACGAGGGUUUCUCCCACAGCAGCAAUGCUGUGACCCAGGAGGAACUGCAGAGCAUCUCAGAGAAGAUCUACGCGGCAGACACCAACAAGGCGCAGAAGCAAGACAUCAUUCUCAACAGCCAGAACCGCAUCUCCCCCUCGCAGACAGGGGAGCAGGUGGACCGCUCCCCAGAGCCGCUUUUCACCUAUGUCAAUGAGAAGCUGUUCUCCAAGCCGACCUACGCAGCCUUCAUCAACCUCCUCAACAACUACGAGCGGAGGACGGGCCAGGGGGAGCACUUCAGCGCCCAGCAGCUGGCCGAGCAGGAUGCCUUCCUUGCAGAGGUCAUGAAGACGGCCAGCAUGAAGGAGCUCUACGGCUUCCUCCAUCACAAGAACCGCUACAACUCAGAACAAGAGUUUGUCGAUGACUUGAAGAACAUGUGGUUUGGACUCUACUCAAGAGGCAGUGAAGAAGGAGACUCCAGCGGCUUUGAACACGUUUUCUCAGGUGAAAUCAAGAAAGGCAAGGUCACUGGCUUCCACAACUGGAUCCGCUUCUACAUGCAGGAGAAGGAGGGUCUGGUCGACUACUACAGCCACAUCUACGACGGGCCGUGGGAUUCUUACCCCGACGUCCUGGCCAUGCAGUUCAACUGGGAUGGCUACUACAAGGAGGUGGGCUCUGCUUUCAUCGGCAGCAGCCCCGAGUUUGAGUUUGCUCUCUACUCCCUGUGCUUCAUUGCCAGACCAGGCAGAAUGUGCCAGCUGAGCCUCGGUGGAUACCCCUUGGCCAUCCAGACCUACGCCUGGGACAAGACCACCUAUGGAAAUGGCAAGAAGUACAUUGCCACAGCCUAUGUGGUGUCUUCUACCCAAUAAGCUUCCAGCCAGACAGGAGCAGGA